AUGUCUGGUUGGGACGCUUAUAUCACCAGUCUUACCGGUGCUUCUCCUGCUAUCAAGAGAGCUGGAAUUAUAGGAACCGACGGAGCUGUGUGGGCUAGAACUGGUGGAGACAACACAUUCAAGGCUACCGAUGCGGAAUUAAAGAAGUUCGUUAGUCUCUUCGAUAACAUCGAUAGCGUUCCUUCCACUGGAGCUGAUCUUGAGAAUAUCCAUUACAUUGUUCCCCGAACUGAGCCCAACCUCAUCUUUGGAAAGAAGGAUAAGUGUGGAUUCUUCGCUGGAAAGUCCAAUAAAGCUGUUGUGAUUGCUAUUUAUGAAGGAGAAAACCAAGUUUCCGCCGCCGUUCGUGAGGCUAUCGAAAAUCUAGUUAAAUACUUGGUCAGUCUUGACUAUUAA